AUGAAGAGAUUUCCAGAUAUUCAUGCAUCAAGUGGAAUGAAUUCAAAAAAACAACGAAGUUUGGAUAAUUUAAAUUUGCUUGAUGAUGAAAACUUACAAUCUUGGAUUGAGAAAUUUAAACUUCAAUAUGGAUUAAUUAUCAAUGAAAUGGGCAUAAAAAAAGGAAAUAUCCAACCUUUUAAUUCUUCAACAAAUCUAAAAAUUAAUAAAAUUAAUCCAACUGAUUCUAUAAAAACCAGCUUGACAAUCACAAAUUCAUUAUUACAUUCUUAUCUUUUAAAAAGUAAUAUUAAACGAACAAUUCAUUAUGAGAUUAGUAGUCAGCAAAUUGAAUUGACAUUUGAAAACUUUGUACCAUCAAAUAAAUUAAUUAAAGAUGUGCACGAAGCAUUAGAUACAGAAAAUCCUUAUCAUGAGCUUGAAAUUAUAUUUAAUGAAUAUGGUCAUUUAUUAUGUAAAAAAAUUAUAUUAGGUGGAAAAUUAUCAAGAUCACUACAUUUGGAUUUGAAUGGUGGAAAAUUAUCAAGAUCACUGCAUUUGGAUUUGAAUGAACUAUCAAAUUCACUAAAUUCAGAUUUAAAUGGCGGAAAAUUAUCAAGAUCACUACAAUUGGAUUUAAAUGAAAACUUAUUUAAAGAAAGGACAAUUGAAAAACAAAUAGAUACAUUAAGCAUGAAUAACAAUAAAGAACUUGAUGAAAUGUUAAAAGAAUGGGAUGAUAUUCAUAGGAAGGUUGAUUAUGAUUUUGAUUUGGAUAAUGAAUUUUUUUUUAACAAAAAUGGACAUACUACAAAAAGAAAUUUAGUAAUUGAGUGGAUAAAAAUAAUGGCUGAAGAUUCAGGAUUUUGGGAUGUAAUUUAUUAUGCUGAUCUAAUUCCACUAUAUAAAAUUUUAGAAGAAUCAUUACAAAAAGAAAUUGAACUUCUUUUCAAAGAUCAAAUAUUAAUGAUAGAUUCAAUCAAAAUUGAAGAUAAAAAUACAAAAUAUUAUAGAGUUGAUUUUAAAACUCCUUUGAAAAGUGAUAAAUAUCAAAUUUAUGGAGUCAUUUUUAAUAAAAAUUCUGAAAAAUGCUUUGAUAUUAUCAUCAAAUUUAAAUAUUUUGAUCAGUAUGGAUUUUCAAUAAUCAUUGAAAGGUUUGAUGAAAACCAAGAUGAUAUUUCUCAUAUUCAAUGGGAAAUGGUUGGUUCUCCUGCAGAAAUAGGAUUUUAUAGUAAAAAUACUAGAAAUUUAGAAAUGAUGAAUAGUGAAGAGAGUUCCAGAACUGAUUUAGAUGAUAUCUUUAGGAUGACUUCACUAAAUAAUUCUCUUGGUGGUGGAGAUAAAGGAAAAAAUGUAGAAAAUACUGAUGAAAUU